AUGGCUUCUUCUUCCUCAUCUCACCACGAAAUUGUGGAAUGUCAACAGGAAAGGGAGGGAUCAAGUGCAACGUCAAAAAUAUACGAUGCAUUCAUCAGCCACCGAGGCCCCGACGUGAAGGAAACCCUUGGGAGACAACUUUAUCAACUUCUUGAGGAUCGAGGGUGCCGGGCAUUCCUUGACCGCCUGGAGAUGGAAGUGGGAGACUCUAUUUCUUGUGCCAUUAACAGUGCCAUAUGCUCAUCUGUUGUUGAGAUAGCCAUUUUCUCCAAAGGAUAUGCACAUUCCUCAUCGUGUUUAGACGAGCUCGUUCUUAUGUUACACCAACGAGAUCAUAAAAGCUCCAUGUUCGUUCCUGUAUUUUAUGAUGUCAAGCCAUCUGACCUUCGUUACAUCGACAAUGGACCGUAUGGUGCGGCAUUUUCCAAAUAUGAACGCGAAGGCAGGAACCUUGAUAAGCUGGACGGAUGGAAGAAAGCCCUUGUGUCUGCUUCAGACCUAGUUGGCUUUGAACUUUGCAGGAGUGGAGAGUAA